AUGGCCACCCUGGUAGAAUCUGCAGAUAUGGAGACUUUAGGCGGCCAAAGCAACACCGGGACAUCUCCGACAUCCUCCAGCCCGUCGCAGCACUUCAACGACAGCAAAUUUUACCUGCUGGUGGCUAUCGGGGAGAUCCUAACGGAGGAUCACUUAAAGUGUGCCAUUGCAGACAUAGAGAAAGGGAUCCGCUCAUGGGACACCAACCUUAUUGACUGCAACCUGGACCAGGAACUCAAGCUGUUUGUCUCUAGACACUCAGCUCGUUUCUCUGCAGAUGUCAGAGGUCAGAGAAUUCUUCACCAUAAAAGCAAUAUCCUGGAGACAGUAGUGCUUAUCAACCCUUCAGAUGAAGCAGUCAGUACUGAGGUUCGUUUGAUGAUCUCAGACACUGCCAGACACAAGCUUCUGGUUCUCUGUGGGCAGUGCUCUGAAAACACAGGGGAGCUGAUUCUUCAGUCCGGAUCUUUCUCUUUCUUCAACUUCAUUGACAUAUUCACUGACCAAGAGAUUGGUGAAUUGCUCAGCACCAUUAACCCAGCAAACAAAGCCAACCUUACACUCUCCUGCCCUGAACAAGGCGACUGGAAAAAUUCCAACUUGGACAAACACAACUUGCAGGACUUCAUUAACAUGAAACUAAACUCCACUCUCAUACUCCCUGAAAUGGAAGGCCUCUCAGAGUUCACAGAGUAUUUAUCUGAAUCAGUAGAGAUCCCAUCUCCUUUUGACAUGUUAGAACCACCAACCUCAGGUGGUUUCCUCAAACUCUCUAAACCAUGCUGUUACAUUUUCCCUGCUGGUCGAGGUGACUCUGCCCUUUUUGCUGUCAAUGGCUUCAACAUGCUCAUUAACGGUGGCUCGGACAGGAAGUCUUGCUUCUGGAAGCUGGUGAGACACUUGGACAGGGUGGACUCCAUCCUUCUGACCCACAUUGGUGACGACAACCUGCCAGGCAUCAAUAGCAUGUUACAGAGGAAGGUUGCAGAGCUUGAGGAGGAACAGUCACAGGGUUCAACAGCUAACAGUGACUGGAUGAAGAACAUGAUAUCUCCAGAUAUCGGUGUUGUGUUUGUGAAUCUUCCUGAAAACCUGGAUAACCCUGAACCUAAUUACAGAGUGCGGAGGAAUGUUGAAGAGGCAGCAUUUACUCAGCAGUUCCUCACCAAGCUAAAUUUGAGGAUAGAGCCUUUGCAAAAGCCUGUUGGAAACACUAUAGAACCAAUCAUACUUUUUCAGAAAAUGGGCGUUGGGAAGCUUGAGAUGUAUGUGCUUAAUCCAUCAAAGAACAGCAAGGAGAUGCAACAUUUUAUGAAGCAGUGGACAGGAAGUGAAAAAGACACUGCUUCCAUCCUGCUGCCAAAUGGAAAAGAAUCUGAGUUCCCUGUCUCUUACUUGACUUCGAUCUCGUCUCUGAUUGUGUGGCAUCCUGCAAAUCCCUCAGAUAAAGUUGUGCGCGUUCUCUUUCCUGGAAAUGCCACCCAGCAUCACAUCUUUGAAGGUUUAGAAAAGCUAAAACACUUGGACUUUCUGAAGCAGCCAGUUAUCACUCAAAAGGCAAUGUCUUCUGCUAUGCCGUCAACACCAACACUAAAGCAAGCUAAGAUGAAACACAGAACAGACAGCAAAGAGAGCCUAAAGUCUACCCCAAAGCCAUCACCAAUCAAAAGCAUCAGGAAGGAUUCAAAGGAGGAAGCACCAGAAAAGGCAAAGAUGGAUGCAGAAUCAUCUCAUGAAAUAACCCAGAAGACAGAGAAAAAAGAAAAAGCUCAGCUGAAAAAGGAAAAGGCAAAGGCAUCUGAGAAAGAAUCAAAUGCAAAGGCGGAGCAAACAGCUCAAAAUGAAACUCCAGAGAAAAAGAAAUCUGAAAUAAAGCCCAAAACUGAAAAGGAAAAGGUUUUUAAGAAGGAGACCAAAGUGUCUGUGGAAAAGAAAAAGGAGGUUAAGAAAGAAGUGGCAAAAAAAGAUGAAACUCCCAAACAAGAUGUUAGAAAGGAUGAAAAAGUCAAGAAAGAGGAGGCUAAGAAAGCGAUUAAAAAAGAUAUCAGAAGAGAGUCACCCAUGAAGGAGAAAAAGGAAGAAAAGAAAGAGCUAAGGAAAGAUGUCAAAAGGCCCUCUAAAGACAUAAAAAAGACAUCCACUGUGGGUGAAGAAAAGAAUCUAGCACCAAAACCAAAGCUACUGAAAAAAGACAAUGCCUCAAAGAAAGACGUAGGGAUCCCGUCAAAGUUAAAAGAGAAGGGAAAGUCAAAAGUGACAAAGAAGGAGACUAAGGUGGAUAGUGGCAAACUUGCUGCUAGUGUAACUGCUGUUGCGGAGGAUCCAGAAGUAGAAAGAUCUCUGAUGUCCUCACCAGAGGACCUCACUAAGGACUUUGAGGAGCUUAGAGCUGACGAGCUGGUGGAGGAUGAUGCGACUGUGCAACAAAAUAAGGAAGAAGAGGCUGUGAUGAUCCACCAUGAAGAAAUAAUACAAACCAAAGAGUCACCUGAGGCAUUAGAGUCUGUGGAUGAGGGUAUUACUACAACAGAGGCUGAAGGAGACAAUGGAGAGACUCCAGACGAACAAGUUCUUAAGGGAAAACUCAAUGGCAGUGUUAGUGAAAAGUUUGAAGAUGAAGGCACUGUGAUGGAGGAGACAUAUGAGGGAGGGGAUUAUGAAGAGAAGGGAGAGACAGAAGAAGUUUAUGAACCACAGAAGGUGGAACACGAUAAAGAUAAGCUCACUCCCAGUGAAGAUGAAAACCAAGACAGAAAUGAUGAAGUCAAACCAGGACAUAGAGUUGAAGACAAUGAUGAUGAGACUAAUAAAAAUGUAGAUGGUCAGCAUAUAAGUGAGAGAGAAACAGAGAAACAUGAUCUUUUUGUAUCAACCUCACCCAAAGUGUCCUCACCUGUUUCUCCUGCUGCAUCUAUCCAUGAUGAAAUGCUUCCAGUUGGCUUUGAGAGCUCAACAGCCUCGGAUGACGAGAACAGAGAUGAACCACCUGAGGAUUACACAGUCACCUCUGGCCACACUCAGUCCACCAUUGAGAUCUCCAGUGUGCCUACUCCAAUGGAUGAGAUGCUGACUCCUAGGGACAUUAUGAGUGAUGAAACCAUGAAUGAUGAGACUGAAUCACCCUCACAGGAUGUUGGCAGGUUUGGGACAUCCGCAUCUGGAGAUUUUGAUAGGAAGAAGCUGUCUCCAAAUCAUGAUAUGCUAGAGUUAGAGCACUCUCAGAGUGAUGCCACAGAAGGCCAGGACUACAACCACUCUGCUUCCACAAUAUCUCCCCCUUCAUCACUAGAAGAGGAUAAAUUCUGUAAGAAGUUUCCCUCUGCAGCAAAGGCUGAGGGGUUUGCCGCAACCCAAGAAUCAAGUGAGAAGUAUGACACAGACUCAGCUAGACUGAGUUCAACUUCCACAACAUCACCUUUGGUACGUUCUCCCUCAGUGGAUCGCAAGGACAAAUUUGAUUCUCCAUCAAUAUUUGCUGCUCCAAUAGAACUGUCCACCACACUUGCAGGUUGUGCCAGAGCAACCGCUGAAUCCUCAAUCAGCCCAGAUGACAAGACACUGGAAGGAGCUAACUCGCCUCAGUCGUCUGGUCACACACCUUACUAUCAGUCACCAGUAGAUGAAAAAGCAGGAGCUCUACCACCUGUAUCAGAAGAUAAAGCACUGGGUCCAAUCAUUGUUGAGGUCACAAGUGAUAAAGAGGAUUCCUCCAAUAGAGUUACCCCGGAGCCCUACGAGCCAGAACCAGAAAGUUCCUCCCCUGUAGAGAGGAUAAUGUCACCUCUAAAAAGCCCACAUUCAUCUGAAGCCGAUUCCCCAACUAAGGAGGAAAAGUCACCCUUUGAUAUAGAUCAUAAGAAAAAUGGAGAAAACAGCCAUGCAGUCUUGUGCUCAGCACCAAUAACCAAACUUGAAUCAGACACUAAUCCUUUCACAUCUUUCAAAGAAGAGAGUAAAAUGUCUAUUUCAGAGGGCACCACAUCAGACAAGUCUGGAACCCCUCUGGAGGAAGUGGUAGCAGAAGAUACAUUUUCACAUUUAGCUUCAGCAUCCACCGCCUCCCUGGCCACCAGCUCUUUUCCAGAACCCACCACUGACUCUCCUUCCCUUCAUGCUGAGGUAGGCUCUCCCCACUCAACAGAAGUAGAUGACUCUUUCUCUGUCUCUGUAGUUCAGACCCCAACCACCUUCCACGAGGCUGAGGGAUCUCCAUCCAAGGAAGAUAGCCCAAGGCCCAUGUCUAUCUCCCCAGACAUUUCACCAAAGACAAAAAGCAGAACACAGAUGCAGGACACAAAAUCCCCAGAGCACUCUACCAUGUCAAUAGAGUUUGGCCAGGAGUCCCCUGACCACUCCUUAGUCCUGGACUUUAGUAAGCAAUCCCCAGAACACCUAUCUGUGGGAGGAAACUCACGUGCUACAGAGAAUGGCCCAACUGAGGUUGAUUACAGCCCCUCAGAUGGAAUGGAUGGAAGACCAUCGGGAGAGCUUAGCUCUACAGUGGAAAAGCCUUUGCUUUUAGACGAAAGUGAUUCAGUCCUUGCCACCCCAUCAGAUGCAUCUCAGUCCACUCCCUCUGUUACAACCCCAUGCCAAAUGACAGAGAUACCACAUGCUAUGGCUGAGCAGACAGAUAAGUCUCCAGUCACCCCAAAGGCAUCCUCUCUCACCCACUCUCCCCAUUCCAAUGAGCCAUCUCCAGUGCUAGGAUGUCCCCCAGCUAAAGAUAUCACCAGCCCAAUUUCACCAUGUGUGGACAGCAUUUCUAAUAAAUCUGACACACAGCAGAAAUGUGACAAGUCACCCUCACCUCCCAAAGCUACUUCCCCAUCAUCUUCCUUUACCUUUUCAAAAGAAGAGACCUUUUCCCCAGCAAAGGAGACGAAUCCCUUUAAAUGUGAGGAUUCUACACUUCAGGCAAAAUCCCCUUUGAGCCCCAAAGUUCCCUUUCCAUCAUAUCUACCUCUCUCCUCUGAUCCGUGUAAUUACAAUUCUGCCUGUGGCUCCAGGGACCCAGACUCUACUAAGAAGAGCCCCUCUGCUUCAUCUAAGACAGAUGUUGACCUCUGCCUAGUCACUUCGUGUGAGUACCGUCACCCCAAGACAGAACUAUCACCAUCUUUCAUCAACCCUAACCCUCUAGAAUACUUCAUCAGUGAAGAGAACACCUUGGAUGAGGAGAAGCCACUGUCCAAGUUAGGAGGAGGACCCCCACCCCCAGGAGGGAAGCUUUCUGCCAAGCAAUGUGAGGAGACCCCACCCACAUCCAUCAGUGAAUCUGCCCCCUCCCAGACAGAUUCAGAUGUUCCCCCAGGGACAGAGGAGUGCCCCUCCAUUACAGCAGAUGCUAACAUUGACUCUGAAGAUGACUCUGAGACUUUGCCUACUGACAGGACCCUUACCUACAGGCAUGCUGAUCCUCCUCCGGUGGCACUCAGGGACUCUGCUCCAUCUUCAGGCCACCACGAUGUCUGCAUGGUGGACCCAGAAGCCCUCAAGGCUGAGGAAAAUCUCCACAAUGCUAAUACAGAUGGAGGUGAAAAGCCCAAGAAGAAAAAGCUCGUGAAAAAGUCUUCUUCGCCAGCCAGGAAGACAGUUCUAUCAAAAGUGAAGGAUUCAAAGACUUCCUCUCCAAAGAAGACUGUCGGAGAAGGUAAAGAUGCCAAAAAUGCAACCAAUACAUCUGCAUCCAGAGGUGUAAAAAGUGCCACAUCAGGUGAUGGAAAGGUGUCAGGUGGGGUAUCUCUGCCCAACUGCCCUCCCAUGUACAUGGAUUUGGUUUACAUCCCCAAUCACUGCAGUGCCAAGAAUGUGGAUGCUGAGUUCUUUAAGCGGGUGCGCUCAUCUUAUUAUGUGGUCAGUGGCAAUGAUCAGACAGCUCAAGAGCCCAGUAGGGAUGUCCUUGAUGCUCUGCUGGAGGGAAAGGCUCAUUGGGGAAACAAUUUGCAGGUAACACUGAUUCCAACCCAUGACACUGAUGUGAUGAGGGAGUGGUACCAGGAGACCCACGACAAGCAGCAGGAGCUCAACAUCAUGGUCCUGGCCAGCAGCAGCACUGUCGUCAUGCAGGAUGAGUCCUUCCCAGCUUGCAAGAUAGAGAUGUAGGCGUGUUCAACAAGAGAUCAGGAGGCCUAAUGACUGAUGAGAAAGGGA